AUGUGCCCCAUGGGCCAUGGCAGAGAGAGAAGACGCAAGUUGGCCCCGACAACUUUCCAAACUUGCGGUCGGGAGUCUCCCUGGAAAGUAUCUGCUUGUCAUCUCGGCUCGCUUCUCUUAGCAAGGAAGUUUGAAGAAAAUCAAAGUUGCGACAAGUGGUUGAUCUGGCGUCGCUUAUCCGAUUCUCCUCAAGAUCCACCCGGCGGCCGACUCUGCGCUAUUCCGUUCGCGGAUGGUCAUUCGAGGUCAAGCGAUCACACUCAACUCGUGUGGUUCAGGGUCAUGGCCCAUAGGCGUUGUGGAACCCCAUGUUCGCUUCGCAUCUUUCGACGGGGGGCUUCAUUGCGCCUAAAGGGAGGAAAACUCUGCGAACCGUUAACUGACCCUGUUGCUUUAAGGUCGGUGCUAGGCGAGGGGUUCAUACUGUUGACUUGUUGUAAAGCUGUGUUUGCAAGCUGCGUCUGUUUUCAGGUUCUAGACAUGAAGUUGUUAGAAGCCAAGGACGGCGUAGCAAGGAUACCCGUAUUCGGAGGCAAAAAGAGGGGCUGGUUGACAGGCACGUUAGGCUUCAGCUCGCUCAACUUGCUGUGA